AGUCCCUGUAUGUCAUUUCAUUGUUUUCUUUAAUUUUUUUCACCCUUAUCUUUUAAAACAAGUAAGUUUUACUUUGUUUUCAAAAUAAAUUUAGUCCCUUUUUUUCUAAUUGUAAUGGAAAUUCAAUGAAAAUUGAAAAAUUUGAGUGUGCAAUUAAACGCAAUAAUUGUCCUGGUGCAUUAUUCCAAAAUGGCGGCAUCCUUUUUGGUUGGUCCUUAUGUUAUGUGCAAAUGUACUCGCGUUACUUAUCCGUCCAGGAGAAAAUAAAAUAAUUCAUUAUUGUUAAUAAUUUAAAGUAAAGUGCCUUGAUGUUAUUAUUUUUUUUUAAUUUUAUUUUCGUUUCGAUAAAAACAUAACCAUGUCAGUGAAUAUGCAGCAUAAUAGACGAAAGAAAAAGCGAGUGAAUUACGGUGUGAGGGCGGUUGAAUUGUCUCGUGGUGCAAAGGGUUUUGGAUUUACAAUUUCGGGACAGCAACCGUCAAUACUCAGCUGUAUUGUUCAAGGUAGUCCUGCGGAAAUUGCAGGACUACGAGCUGGUGAUUAUCUAGUCGCUGUGAAUGGACAUAAUGUGAGUAAAGCACCACACGACGAUGUUGUCAAAUUAAUUGGCAAUUCAAAAGGUGUUUUGAGACUUGAAAUUGCCGAGAAUUAUUAUUCAGACUCAUCGGAUGAAGAGGGUUUGGCGACAGUGAGAUCGAAAAAAUAUUCCCACAAAAUACGCUCCAAUAAUGUUGGUACAAUUCAGCCAUUGUAUAGAAUUGCAAACGUUGUUCGUGAUUUGCAAACUGGAGCAAUGUUCAGUGGAAGAAGUAUGCAUCCGAACAAAAUUCAAUGCUCAAUUCCACCACCACCCGUGUCGCAUAAAAGAGAUUCAGAAAAAAUUGUUCAUCGAACAGUUGUCGGAUAUUUAGGAACUAUCGACAUUCCAGACCAGUUGCAUCCCUCUUCAAUGAUGGAGGUUCUGAAAAAAUGUAUAAAAAGACUGAAAGCAGAGAAAAGGACUCCAACGACAGUGCUUUUGACAAUUCACGUAGCAAAUAUUAAAUUAACAAAUUCUGAGAAUCGUGUUGUCGCCGAAUAUCCCUCAUAUCGAAUAAUAUUUUGCAAUUCAUUCUCGGAACAGGAUAAACAAUAUUUUGGCAUUUUGACAAAAUCCGUGAAGGAUUCUGAUGAUAUUGUUUCAAAUUCUUGCCAUGUUUUUACAAUUUACUAUAAGCUUACGGAUCACGAGGUACAUUCGAGUACUUGCAAUGUUUUUGGAUUCACUUGCACGAAAACAUCGGAAUUGAAUGUUUGUCAAGAAUUUCCCGACAGUUGUGUCAGUUUGAUUGGUGCCAUUCAAACAUUGUACAUUUCUGAUACAGCCGAUCAGGAUGCGAAUCCUUAUAAUGAGAGUCGUCGACAUCAGGAGACAGCAUCGCCACAGCCAAGUAAUAUUAGUACAUCGACUGCACAUUCCAGUAAUAGUGAUUCGGGAAUUGGUUUUAAAGAUGAUUAUGGAAGUCAUUCAGAUAGAAAUAUUGUUGCCGACUUUCCGCAGAGGCAUUGUGGACCUUCAAUUUCACAGAGGACAGGAGCUGUACCACUUUCGGGAAUGAAUAACGACUCAAUAUCAGGCUCGAGAUUAGCAGUGAGAGCGACAACAGAUCAAAGAUGGAAUGACCUGUCGCGCGUGAAUCGUUCUCGUGACUCCUCGGAUUUUUCAUUUGAUCACAGUACAAUGGAUUUUAGGAAGAAAUCCGAUGACAAUAAUUGUUACUCGUUGGCAAUGUCGCACACGAUAACACGUUCCGAGGGUCAAAGUGGCGUGCUGCUUAGAAGUGGAGGGGAAUCCACCACCUGCCCGGGGCCAUCUGCUACGAUGCUUGUGCAGGGGUUGGGAAGUUCGUCAGUUGGAUCAUUGGCUUCUGUUUGUGGAAGUACAUCGACAAUGUAUCACGAUUUUGAAGAAGCAAUGGAAAUAUCGAAAAAUCAUUGCGAUGAAAUUGCGGACGACAUUAGUUUGUGCAAUAAACUUAGUCCAAAAGUUUACGCAGUGUCAAAGUCGUUCGUUCACAGUAUGGAGGAUUUGAAACCUGGUGAUGAUUAUUCGACGACAUUUAUGCAUUCAUUUCCAAAUAAAACGGAUAAAACGAGACCGUGGUGCAGCCUCCAGGAAAUAAGGAAGGUCGAGGAUUGUUCCAGUCGUAAUUGCAUGCAUGGAAGUACAGAAUCUUGUGACAAAACUGCCAAUUGUAAUGUACAUUCGUGGGCUUCCGGUUUCGAGAAACUAUUGGGAGAUCCGAAAGGAUUGCAGACUUUCGCUGAAUUUCUGAAGAAAGAAUUUAGUCAUGAAAAUAUCUACUUUUGGGCAGCCUGCGAAAGAUACACGGAUACCGAAGACGUCGCUAGUCGUCGGAGAUUAGCACGGCAAAUAUAUCAGCGUCAUUUAUCAGCAACCGCUGCAGAACCUGUUAAUGUUGACAGUCAUGCAGCUGGACAAAUCACUCAAGAACUCCUUAACACAGCUCCUGCUGAUCUCUUCAUGCAGGCACAGAAACAAGUAUUCAAUCUAAUGAAGUUUGAUAGUUAUCCAAGGUUUUUGAGAUCAGAUCUGUAUCGCAGAUGUUUAGAAACUGGAAACAGUGUUGUCGGUACUGAAGAUCGGGAUUUAAGUUUAACGAGUUCUCCAAGUGUGAAAUUAAAGAAAAGUCAUUCCGACGCUGAAGAUCGAUGUCGGAAAUCAAUUCUUCCUUGGCACAGAAAAAAUAGAUCAAAGUCGAAGGACCGAGGAGAAUCAGAAUACGUUCAGACCCCUAGUCGUAGUGAGACUAUAUACAAGAGUUUUACAACUAUUAAAAGGGAAGCGGAGGGUAAUAACAAUGAGGACAGUAUAUCUAUAUCCAGCAGUAGAUCGUCAUUAGCGUCAUGGGAUCUGGCAUUGAGGCAAUCAUUUAACAAGCAUUCUGUGUCGUCCUAUGAAGGGCACUUGAACGAAACGAAAGAGAUUCACACGAAAUGCACUGGUUUGUGCCGAGUAAUUUUACCCGAUGGUUCCACAACUGUUGUGCCUACUUGCCAAACGGAGACGAUUAAAGAAGUGGUGACUCGUUUACUCGAUAAGCGAGCACUGCGAUUUUCUAAUUACGAUGUACUAGUACUUGCCACAGAUGAGAUAAUUAAUCUAAAGUAUCCGUCGACUGUGUUAUCGGGACAAGAAGUUGAGGUUGUACCGUCGAAAGUAUUGAAAGUUGAUUUACCAUCUCGUAGAAUAAUAACUGUCGUUGCCCAUAAAGGACGAACAUUGAGAGAGGUAUUGAGACCUCUUCUUAACAAAUAUGGUUUUAAAUUGGAAUUGAUUACAAUUUGGGGUGAGGGACAUCCCCUUUCGGUAGACACACCUGCAAUAAAUGCGCCUACAAGACUUGUCCUCACAUCCAAUAAUGAAGAUAUAUUCCACGAUGCACAGCCAAGAACUUCAGAAAAGGUCUCACAAGGUCAACCAACGCUGGACGAAAUCACAAACAAAGUUUUCGAGGAACUGCUAGUUGGCAAGAGUACAAAUAAAUAUCAAUACAGUGAAGGCUCCUGUAAGUCGGAUGACCAGCGAUCGGAUAGUUCAUCAAUUCUUUCGAAUAAAUUCUUUAUGAGAGAUUCAUCGAGUCAUGGAAAGAAAAAAGGAAAAUCAAAGAGCGUCAGUUCUAGUGAUAAAGGAACUUGGAACGAUUGUGGACAAGAGGAAAAUACUCGUUCUUAUCCGCCACUUAUUGCCAAAUGGAGAAAUGGAGUUAAACUUCAGUUGCCAAGCAAGUUUGAUGGCGACGGUAAGAAAAAUUUGUACGAAGGCUUGAAAAGAGCACAAAGAUCAAGACUUGAAGAUCAAAGAGGGACGGAAAUAAAUUACGAAUUACCGGAUUUUUUAAAGAACAAGGAGAAUGGGAAAAUUCUGGACAGCAAAAAAAUGCGGAAAGUACGCGGCACAUCUGUAAAUUACGAUGGCCACACAAAGUUUUACGAUUCCUCCGAGGAAAAGCAGAACUUGUCAUGUCAGGAUAAUAAUAAAUUGCUAACAAAUGGAAAUACAGAAUUAAGAGAAUGCGGCAGCAAUAGUUUCGACAAUUCGGACAAUUUGGAUGGAACUCUCGUCGACAUUGACCAAACCGUAAUUGAUAAUAGUUCGCCGAUAAAAAUGCAAAAUAAUACAUUUGGCGCAACUUUUGCGUCAAUAUCGCCGUCUAAAUUGUCGAAACCACCGCCACUUCCGCCAAAGCCAAAAAAUUUGCAAACAAGUAUUUUAAAAAGCAAUUAUAUCAUGUCUUCCAGACCAUUUCAGAGAAUCGCUCAAAUCAAUCAUGUUAAUCCAAUAAUUGAUUCUGAACAAAAAAAUACAACUUAACGUAUUCUUUUAUAAUAUUUUUCUUAGAUAAUAUGAUUUUUAGACUGAACAAAAAAUAUUUUGAUUACGAAAAUAUUUUAUAAUUGAAUUUCUCUUAACUAAGAAUCGAAUAUUAACUUGUGGAAAGUAUUAAUGACUUACGAGUAUUAACAAAGUGAUAUAUUGUAUUUUUUAUACAAACAGAUAUUUCGACUCUAUUUAAUAACUUAACAAAACAAAAAAAUAAACAACGUGAGAGAAAUAAUUAUUGAUGAAUUUAUAUAUUGUGAUACAAAAAAAAAUUGGCAACUAUUAUCACAGUUUUUGAAUUUUUCUUUUUUUUAUUGAAGAAAGAAUUUUGUGUAAAAUUUUAUAGAAAAUUUGAGUAAAACUGGUUUUACUCAUUUUAGUAUUUCUUUUUCUUAUUAAAUAAUUAGCAAUAGAUUUUUCUAUUAUACAAAGUUUUAUCUCUGGGCUUCGAGUUAUUUAAAUAUUUUAAAUUAUAAUGACGACUUGUGCCUUACAAUUUAUUUUCUACUGGGAAUAAUAUAAAAACAAAUAUCUAAGUUUUAGGGACCAACGAGAGUUAUUUAAUACUAACCGAAUGUUAUAUUCCUGGUUGUACAGGAAAAAAUUAAUAUGUUGUGAAUAAUAGUGAGGAAAAAUUUACUUAUAUAUAUUUAUCGACAAUAAUAAAUUAUAUAAAUCGCGUUUUUAAAAA